AUGACAGCAGAUGCCAAGUUCAACAUGAGCCAACAGUGUGUGGUUCUCUGCAAACAAGGUGGAAGAGCAGCUGUGUUAUGUGGAGGGAGACAGGUUGAUGGACACUUUUACCCUGCCCUCUCUGGUCCUGGUGAAGCACCACUGGGAAAGGCUGAAACUGUGAGCUCCAGGAAGGUUUCAAUUAUUGCAAGUAACACUCAAAUCCUCAGCUGACUGACCAGACAGAACAUCAUUGCUGCUGCAAUCAACACAGUGCAGAUUAUGAGAAAGCCAAAUGUUUCAGAAGACUUUCAGGCAUCUGUGGCAGUAAUGGCUACAGUGAGUCAGCUCUUGGAUGCCAGCAAAACAGGAUUUAUCUCCAAUAAUCUUGUCAAUGCCACAACCAGCCUUAUGAAAGCAAUGGAGGUAUUAUCUUUGACUGGUAACAUCUCACAGCCCAAUGCUGCAAUCCAGUCUGCUCCACUGAAAUUAAGCUACUCUGUGAUUCUGGUUUUGGCACAGAGAAAUACAGCGCUGGCAAAAUAUCAGCCAACAAAACUAGAAAUACAGGAAAAUGUUCCUGGGCUUAUUGGUGACCUCAGUACUGAAGUUCAGACACUGUUCAACAUUUUAAGUAAAACCAGAUAAAACCAUUGUGUGCUUUGAUUUCCUCCACCAGGGACUGAUUCCAGAUGUUACUGCUUUCUUGCA